UUUCACUGAAUGCGUGUAUUCUUUACGAUAAUAAAUGGAGAAUUAUCUCUGCUUCUUAUCUCGUUCGUUAGACAUAUGGAGACAUGGGAUGAAUUCAUCUCACGACAUAUGGCCAGUAGUAUUCAAAGUGUACUGUUGCACAAGCAGCACACCAGAUGUAGACAGCCACAAAGCCAAGCACCACCGACAUCAACUACCUUCAUUUUUUGACUAACUAGGCUCACAGCUGAACAAGCCUGGUGUAACUCAUAUCAUGUGGACGGGACAUGCAACCCCGUCGGCCAUACAUACGAAUAGCGAGGCUGAGCUGAGUUGCUUAUCUCGGACAACCAAAGAUUUAUUUCAAGUUUCUGUUCUAUUCCAGACUCAUAUCAUUACCAUUGCUAAUUCAUAAUAUAGCCAUACAGUCUAAAGACUAUUGUCGUGAGCUUCUGACACCAGCGCCCGAGCUUUCUUCGGAUAUGUCUCCAUCAUGGCACAAUCAACUCCCACCUUCGUUGCAAUGAACAAUCUUGGAAGUCCUGCUUCAGCAUCAUCUGUUACACCUACCCAGCAGAAAUUUAAAUCCUCAACUGCAGGGCUGACAUCUGGGAAUUUUCCUGCCCAAGCUGUUGCGCCCUGCCCUCAAGGACAACCAUCGGCAAUUCCAGGUACUAUCCCAAGUAAGGCUGUUGUUCAAGGCCAAAGACCAAGUCAGCCUGUGCAACAAAGCUUGCAAGCUCAAGGCCAGCCAUUAAAUGCGCAAUCCAUAGUGUAUCAAGUCGUUCAAUGCGGAUGUCUACCCGGAAAUCCAUGUUCACAGCACACACCCGUCCCGAAUCCUAAUCCUAUUGUUAGGUGUGUGAAAUUUCUCGCCUGUUGGGAUUGCGGACCUAUUGGAGCUACCAUUGCCAUUCUCACUUUCGCAGUUGGUACUGUCAUAUCCUAUUUUGGUAUAAAGCUAGCUAUUUGGACGGCUACUAAGGACUAUAUUGAGCACUGUCAAGCAGAUGAGGUGUGUCUUCAUUAACCAAUCCGGAAAUGAUCCAAAUUAGUACUAACAAAUCUCCAGGAAGCACAGCGAGCGACGUCCCAAUGUAAAAAGGCAGCUGGUCAAGCUCUACCUCCACCACCAUUUUUCGAGUAUGAUCCUACAAACAAUACUGUUGUUCGUCGAACAUUGGGUGGAAUGCUAUUAGGUUCUACUGAGUCCAUCUCCCACAACAACAAUUACGUUUGGGCAUACGCGCUUCUGUAUUGUACAUUUUGCUGGAUGGUUCUGUCCGCAACAUGCUAUGUGACAUGGAGCCUACUUCGUACUCGACGUAUAUCGGCUGGAUAUUCCGGAAAGAUAGUCGCGAGUUCCUCAAAUGAAGCUUGGCGUCCAUCAUCAAUUUCCGAUCCAAAUCGAAGAAUCAUUCCGCUUAGGCGAACCCCUUGCCUGCCAGCCAUUGAAAUUAGUUGUGCAGGGAGCGACUCAGGAUAUUGCAGUCGUCCAAUCGAGUCUCAUAAGAUCACAAGAGCCUCAUCAUCUGCAAUAAUAGCAAAUGAAGACAACGCCAGUAGUGUGAGGCGUCGUGGCAAAAAUCGCGUCACUUGGAACCAAAAGUCCAGAUUCUCGCUACUCGAAGAAAACGAAAGCUGUCGAAUGGGAAAAGACGAAGAACUUAUACGAAAGUCGUUGGUAUCUCGAGGCGCCACGUUCCCAAUGAAACUAAAGCCACAUUUGAAUAUGGAGAUUGAAAAGCUGGCCUGUUUUGGGGACAAAAACGCAAGCAUUGAUCAGCCUUGUCCAGAGACAGAGAAUUUAUCUAAAAAACAAAGGCGCCUUCAUGAGUUGGUACAUCGCGACAUCCGGGACCUCCUUGGACUUUACGGUUUAGAGAUCUCUGCAUGUACUGGGAAUUCAAGGCGUAUCUCUUUAAUAGAUAUGCUAUUCAUUCCCCCAUUGAAAGGUAUUUUUACAUCUUUUCCGUGGAUGAGCUCUACUCUCAGACGAGCAAUCACUAGAAUAGUGAACGGCAAGGACGCAGAAGUGUUCGUGAAAUUUUAUAUGGAAAGUCCAGCUUGGCUAGAAGAGAUUAAAAAAGCCAUCGCAGUUUGCCUAGAUCUUCUCAAACUUACAGGAAUCGACAGUGGAGGUAACCUUGUCGCUCUGUACCAUAGUCAGGGCGGCUUAACAACUGUUGAAUUCCCCAGAGAGUUUUAUAGUUGGGGUAACAUAUUACGAGAUACAGCAGGAAAUUUUACUGUUGCUGUUGUUACAGAUACGUGCCUCUCUUCGCGAUCUCCGUUGCAGGGGAAGAGAUGUAGAAGCGGCGCACACAAUGAUGAAGACUCGGUAACUCUAGCAACUCAAAUCUCAAUCUCGGCAGGAAAUCCAGGGUCAUCUAUUAGGGGGUUCUCCUUAACAGCGAGCCGACCUGGUGAGAAGCAUUGGACGGUAGAUGCAGGGGCUGCUGACCAACGACUUAUUUUUAUGAAUGAGGGAUAUCUUAACGUAAAAGAGCCAAUAUUGGAAUUGAGGGACCACAAUUUUCCAAAAGUGUUGGCCGCAGAUUGGACUGCAAGCCUAAUUCCAACUUUUUGUCAUUCGAACCCAGACUUGCAUGAACCCACCUUUGUCGAGUGUCCGAGUGGGAUCGACGAAAAAGACGGAAUCCGGCCCAUCACAACGUACAUUUUUGGCCGUACGCUGAAGGAGUUCAGGAGACUGAAGAGAAACAAAGAUGAAUAAUUUUCUUAAGUACAAUAAUUUUCUUAAGUACGACUUUUGGAGGCCGAUGAUGGCAUAGCUUCUAAAUCAACCCAACGCCUUACCAGUCAAAAAGAAAGUUGAGCCUUCCGAAGGCAUUUCGCCAUGUUAAACUUCAUGAAUCAUCAUUUCCGCAUAGCCACUUUCUUCUCAAAGAAUUCUUGGUUGAAAAUUUGACGAAAUAUAAUCCUACUAGAACGGGAUAAUAUUCUACCCAAGCUGCAAAUCCUGAGCGCAUCUAAUGACGAAAGCUAUUUAGUAAGUAGUCUGUAAAGACAGAAGUUUUGCUAUAAGUAUAAUUGCUAUUCAAAUCAAGGAUCUUAUUGCGGAGAAAUGAAAGUAGGAAGUAUAAACAGGCCGUUUCAAGAAAGAAAAAGUAUGUUAAAUUGGUAAAAUGGGGCGACGCAUCAGUAUGGAUAUGGGCGAUGAGGAAGAUUGAUCCCGCCAUACCAAUACUAGCAAAUGUGUGAUUAAGCUGUAGUGACAUUACUACUACACCACACAUCAACCUCGCGAUGCGUUGUUUGAAGUUGGUCCGACAAUUUGUCGACGAUGGGACGAUGAUAGAUAUCUGCACAGUCUGCGUGGUGUUUACUCAUGAUAAGAUGGUGGAAGGUAAGUUAUUCGCACAUUGAUUUUUGAGGUCAAGACGGUCGACAAUCGUGGAACACAAUCUUAUCAGCAUGAAGUUUCAGUUGUUACGGAGUGAGGUUUGGAUUCUGCUUGUUUGGUGAAGAUG